GUGGUUCCUUCUUUAUCAUUUGAAUGAAUGACAGCGCUCAGCUGUUCACGUGAACUCACAACGGUUUGACGCAGCCAUGUUGUAAUUUUAAAAUAAAAAAAGAAUUUAGAUGUGAUAACUUUUAAUUUUAAGGGUUUUAUACCCAAUAUCUGUGGCUUUUGCCCAGUAUCCAUGAUUUAUCAUGUGAGUUUUAACAAUUACUCUUCUAUGAAGGAUUUAUAAGAGGACGAAGCUCUGAUGAUGGCACGUUAUGUGCUGAAAGUACUUAGCUGAUUAUUAAAAGUUUUUUUUACACACUUUCAAUUUCUUUGAGAACAUACACCUGUUUGCCGGUUUGACCUUUUUUAGAAGUGUGUACAAGUCAUACAGUCUGUUUCAAUUCAUUAUCUACAGUAUGGUAGUGGACUUUAAUAAAUACCUUAGACUGUCAAAGAAGAGAGAAUUGUUGAACAUCGACAUCUGGUUCAUUCACAAAUGCAUCAAAUUCAAAGUAACACCAACUUUUGCAAAAUGUAAGGUACCUUUCACUGCUACUUUAAACUUUAAAUUACAAACAGAAAGGAAAUUUCUUCAAAAUGAACUAUGUAAACAUCAUGCUCAAUUAGAUAAUAUUAACGUCCAGCUUAAAAUACUUUAUGAUAACAUUGUAAGAGAGGUGUCAUUUGAUAAUUUCAGAGAUUCCAUAGCUAAUCAUUUAGACAAUCUAGAGUACAUUAAACAUUCUAAAUUCAAUAGAUUAAACAAUAAAUUACACAAUUUGUUAAAAAAGAAAAAUAAUCUUAAUAGUAAUAGUCAAAACACUGAUAGAUUGAUGGGUUCCUUUAGGUUUAGAUUUCACAAACGUACAGUCAACUUAUCAAAUUGCUCCUUUUCUAAUAAAGAACUUGAUUUUUUGUCUAACGGAUUAAAAUUCUCUACUUUAGUACCAUUUAACAAUAAAAUGGUUGAAGAAUUUUCAGUUGACAUAGACACAGUUAUAGAAAGUUUACCUUUAGAUUACAUUUCUAAAACCAACUUGAAAAGUAAUUGUUUCCUUUCUUUACUAAAAGAUCUUAACAAAUUUAAUAAUAAUGUCAAUAACAUUAAAAUCAAAUGUUUUAAACAACUACAUCUGAUUAGACAAAUAUCUACCAAAUUGAAUAGUAAUAACCUUAUCGUUACUAAAGCUGAUAAAGGUAACUGCCUUAUUAUCAUGCAUCAUAGUGAUUACAUUCAAAAAACGGAAGAAUUUUUAAGAAAUAACAACUUUGACGUUUUAGAUAGAAGUCCUUUAAAUAAAUUAGUUACCAACUUAAAAGCUACCUUAUCUACACAUAAAGAUUUCCUUCUAGUACAUAAGAUGAAAGAAAAAACCUUCAUUUUGUCAAAUCCUCAAAUACCUAGACUAUAUGGUUUGCCAAAGAUUCAUAAACCUAAUGUUCCUAUGAGACCAGUGGUUAGUUUUUAUAACACUCCAGUUGUUGCAUUGUCUAAAUUCAUUAAUACUAUUUUACAAUCUUCAAUAUCUUUGCAACCUAAUUAUUCUGUUAAAAAUUCUACUGAUCUAGUAAAUAAAUUGUCAGUUUUAAAUUUACCUAGAGACUUCUUUCUAGUUUCUUUCGAUGUAAGUAAUUUGUUUACGAACGUACCAAGAGAUGAAACCAUUCCUAUAGUGGAGAAUUUACUUAUUAAAAGUAACACUAAUAGAGGUACAAUUUCCCACAUGUUGGGUUUACUUAAAUUAUGUUUGUCACAAGAUUUCUUUUCUUUCAACAAUAUUAUUUAUAGACAGGCACAAGGCCUUGCAAUGGGAAAUCCCUUAUCACCUGUACUAGCAGAUUUGUUCUUAAAUAACCUUGAGUGUAAUAUCUUUGACAAUCAUUCUUCAGUUCAUAAUCCUUUACAAAAAAUCUUGUAUUGGUUCAGAUAUGUGGAUGAUGUGUUAGCUAUUAUAGAUGGAAAUUCCUCUGAUGCAGAAAAUAUUCUAGUUUCACUCAAUAAUUUACAUCCAGCCAUAACAUUCACUUUAGAAACAGAGUCUAACAAUUCUAUUAAUUUUCUAGACCUAACAUUGACUAGAAUAGAGAACAAAUUAAGUUUUUCAGUCUUUAGAAAACCAACUCAGACUGACCACACUAUCCCUAGAUCUUCUAAUCAUCCUUUUCAACAGAAGAUGGCAUCUUUUUAUUGCUAUAUCCACCGUUUACUUAGCUUACCAUUAUCAGACACAAAUUUUACUUCUGAAUUAGAUAUUAUUAAACAACUUGCAUAUAGUAAUGGUUACUCCCCUACUUUGGUUGACAACAUACUCAACAAAUUAAGGAAUAAAAGGAAUAGAUCUCUAGCUUAUAAUGCUACUCCUGACAAUUCCAAUUCAGAAGUUAUGUAUAGAUCUAUAUCAUACAUAGGUUAUCCUUCAGACAAUAUAGCCAAAAUCUUAAAUAACAUUCCUAACUUAAAACUCUCAUUUAAAUGUAAGGAAAACAUCAGGUCUAUUUUUUCUCAUACUAAAGACAGAAUUAAAAAAACUUCUAAAAGUGGCAUAUAUAAAUUGUCAUGUGGUGACUGCCCUGUGACCUACGUGGGUAGAACGAUGCGACCGUUGGAUACACGUAUUAAAGAACAUCUUUCAAAGAUCGAUAAAUCUAGUUUUGGUCAUCAUUUGCAUGCAUCGAAACACAGCUUUAGUCCCCAAAGAGACAGUAGGAUCCUACAUAGCAUACCAAAUAAUAACUAUACUAAAAUGAAUCUACUAGAAGAUCUAGAAAUAAGUAGAGAAAUGAAAAGAAAUCCUCAAAACUGUGUUAACACUCAGAUUCAAUUAAAUUGUAAAUUUGAUCCUAUCUUUAAGAAAUUUCUUUAA